AUGGCAACCAAGGUGGGACUCGAACCCACAACCUUCAGAUUAGAAGUCUGCUGCGCUACCAUUGCGCCACUCGGCUUUUCACAAUAUAAAAUAUUUGAAAUUAUAUUUUUUCUUUAAAUUAACAAAUUAAUAUUUAUAAAAAAUGGCAACCAAGGUGGGACUCGAACCCACAACCUUCAGAUUAGAAGUCUGCUGCGCUACCAUUGCGCCACUCGGCUUUAGACAACAAAUUAUUAAAAUAACACAAAUACUUUUGUCAUUUUUGUUUAAUUUAUUUCUUUUAUAAUGUAUUAAUGA